AUGGUUGGAAAGACCAAGCCAACGAUCGGUCGUAACUUUGACCUUUCACCCGGAGUCUUGCGGUUCUCUACUGCUCGGCUUCGUCUCAAGAGAGGACAGAAGACGCCUCUGAAGACCGUCACUAAGCAGGUAAAGCUUUUUUUUUGCAAAUUCCGUAAUAUUAUUUAUAACAAAAAUGCAUGCUAGUUGUGUUCAUUAAUAAUUAAAAUUUUGAAGGAAUGGAUUUUCGGAAAUAAAUUCAGUUUUUAAGACAGAGAAGCCGCUUGCUUUGCAAAGAACGGGCCAGAAGUUCAAGCUCGGACACUCGCAGAAGCACUCCACAAAGAAGGCUAUUGCUCCCGGCACAGUUCUCAUCAUUCUUGCUGGCCGUCAUAAGGGAAAACGCGUUGUUUUCCUCAAGAACUUGCCAUCCGGCCUUCUCCUUGUCACUGGUUCGUGAAGUUGUUUCAUCUAUCUUUUUUAUCUUUACAUUGAUCCGUUCACACUCUUUGGGUUCUUCCUUCCCAGAGCUGUGCGUUGGGCCGAGGUUGAUGGCCGAUUCGGCCCAAAAUCUUUGCUCUUGCGAAUUUUGCUCUCUCAUUUCCUAAUUUAGAUUACAUAACUUUUUUUUAAAUAACAUGUUUUCGAGAGAAAAAAGUUCGAAAACUGGCAAAUUUUCGACCCUUUGCGACCGCGUUGCAACACUAUGGCCAGCCUGGCUGGCUCGGACCACAGCUCUGUUCCUUCCUUGCACUAAAACUACUUUUAUACAUUCAAUUUUUCAUAUAACAUAGAUGGGGAAUCUGAAUAUAAAGUUUCGAUUGCAAUUUUUUUUGUGCCAAGUGUUGAAGAGAAGUUCUUUUGAAUUUUCUCAACAUCGCGAAAAGCACAUGAUCCUUUUUGCUACAUUUGAAUGCAUAAUUUUUUUCAACGCAUAAUUGCAGUUAUAGAAAAAUUUUUCAAAAAAUCAGACAACGCAAACUUUAAAGCGAUCAUAGUAUCGGAUUCUAACAGUGGAUAAAUUUAUUUUUUUUUUUCGUGUGGAAGGAUGUUAUCGAUAGAAGCUCCAUAUUUUUUUAAAAAAAGGAAUCAAAGUUUUUCAUUUCUUACGAUUGGAAAAAUGUUUUAUUGUGAGGGAAGUGCGUUAGAUAAAAUCUGAAAUUUCUCAGUUAUCUAACCAUUUUGUCAUGUAUUUUAAAAUCGUAUCUACUAAAUUUUAUUAUCAGAAUACAGUCUCGGCCUCAUUUUCUUUUAAAUCAUCUCAAAUCUGGACUUGUUGGUAUUUUAGGUCCUCACAAGUUGAACGGAUGCCCCCUCCGCCGUAUCGCGCCGGCUUUCGUUAUCAAGACUUCGUUGAAGAUUGAUGUCGCCGGUGUGAAAGUCCCAGAUCACAUCAAUGACGAUUACUUCAAAAGGAAGAGCUUGAUCGUGAAAGAAGGGCGACAACAUUUUUGCCACCGGAAAGCAGGAAUACAAGGUUAGACUACUUUCAUGUUUUUCAUUUAGUUCUCAAUUUUUUUAAAUUUUUUUUGUCAGGAAGUUUGUAGUUAUAUAUCAUAAAAAGUAAAACUUUGUUCUUUUUUUCGGCUUUCUCAAGUGUCCGGUUCAAUAGUUCAGAAAAAUAUGUGAUGAAAAAAGGAGUGAUAAACUUUUUUUUUGUUAGGCAUAAAUUUUGUUCAAUCUCUUGCUACCAUAGAUCUCGUGGUAUAUUCUUGCUCUAAAAGAUUCCGUUUAGGUUACUGAGGAACGCAAGAAAGACACGAAAUCCAUCGACACUUCUAUUUUGGCGUCGAUCAAGAAGAACAAGGACCACAAACUGUUGAUGGGUUACCUUGCAACGCUUUUCUCGCUCGGCAAGAACCAGUACCCACACAACCUCAUUUUUUAA